GGCAUGUCGGCACGCCCAUCGGUGUGGAAGCCCGAACGAUCGAGGCGUGAUGCACGCGUUGUGUAAAUCCGGAAAAGGAAAAUCACGGUUUGAACAAAUCGAAGGACUCGGAGCCGCAGAUUCAUAAGACCCCCUUCAGCGGGCUUCCCGGGACCAGAGGUCUCAUCCCUCCAUAUUCCAGGGCUGCCCAGACAUGGAAAGUGCUCAGGAAGAACACAGACAGCCUCAAGGCCCCGAAGCACCCACUCCGAGAGGCUCCAACGGUUACGACAUUCAUGAAUCUAGGCCUAAGGCUGGAGACGACACCCAUGAUGUCCACAGUAUGACGGGGUCCAAAGAACGCCUCCCACCCUCUCAGGAGAAACCAUACAGUAUCUAUACAACAGACGAAAAAUGGUUCAUCGUCGCUGUGGCUGCGCUCGCAGCCCUGUUCAGUCCAUUCACCGCCAACAUAUAUUUCCCGGCCAUUCCGACAAUGGCGGAUGCCUUCAACCGUUCAAUCGAAGACAUCAACUUGACCGUCACGGUCUACAUGGUUGUACAAGGGAUUUCUCCAAUGUUCUGGGGGACUUUGGCCGAUCGAUGGGGACGAAGGCCAAUGUUCUGUGCCUGCAUGCUUAUUUUGUGUCUCGUUUGUAUCGGACUCGCCCUCAUGCCCACAGACGCAUAUUGGCUCCUCAUGUUUCUGCGCUGUCUACAAGCCGCAGGGUCAGCGAGUACCGUAGCCCUAGGUGCUGGCGUGAUCGCGGACAUUGCAGAGCCCAAAGAGCGCGGCAUGUACUAUGGCAUCUGGAACAUUGGGCCUAUGGUUGGACCAUGCAUAGGUCCCGUUCUUGGUGGUGUACUUGCCGAGGGCCUCGGUUGGCGGUCCAUCUUCUGGUUUUUAGCGAUAUCGUCCGGCAUAUGUUUCCUACUCAUCCUUGCUUUGAUGCCAGAGACGUUACGUGCAUACGUCGGCGACGGCAGCAUUCCACCUCCCCGCGGCUACCAGCCGCUCAUGCCUAUCAUCGGCCGCAAGCGCAUGCGCAUGUCCAGCGCUCCCUUGGAUCCAUCUGUGCGCCCUCCGCGACGCGGCUUCAACAAUCCGUUCAGGCUGUUCCUAUUCUUUGACGUCACUCUACUACUUUUCUACAACGGCGUCGUAUAUGCUGUCUUCUAUGGUGUCACGACGAGCAUCUCCACGCUGUUCCAGGCUACAUACCCGUACCUCACCGAAACGGAGACCGGACUGUGUUUCCUCGCGAUCGGCGGAGGGAUGCUUGUUGGCGGCGUCAUCACAGGCAAAGUCAUCGACCGCGAGUACAGACGCGUAAGGGACCAGAUGAUCGCCGCUUCUGAGAAGGAGACGGACCCAGAGAAGAAGCUGAACCCUGAGGAAGUCACGAAAGAGGAGCACUUCCCUAUUGAGAAAGCGCGGAUGCGGCUCAUGCCGUUCUACCUGGGAUUGUUUGUGGCGAUGUGCAUAGUGUACGGCUGGUUACUGGCCGCGAAGGUCAACAUCGCAGGUCCCUUGAUCAUCCAGAUCGUCUUGGGAUAUGCCGUGGUGGCUACGAUGAAUGUCACGCAGACUAUCAUCGUUGACCUCGCACCAGGCAAUAGUGCGUCCGUGACAGCUUGCAACAACCUGGUACGGUGCUCUCUCGGUGCAGCACUUGUCUCUGUCAUCGACAUCAUGCUCAACCGGUUAGGACCCGGCUGGACUUAUGUUCUCCUCGCAGGGAUCUGUUUAGUUCUCUCGCCCAUCAUGAUCUUCACUUACAUCAUGGGGCCACGAUGGCGUGCUCACCGCCGGGCGAAACGACAAGCCCAAGAAGCUGCCGCUGCGAGGAGCUGA